AUGACCAGCAGCAACAGCAGCAGCAGCAGCAGCAGCCGGCGUCCACGUUUGGCGCGCCUGCUGUGCAACUGCGAGGGCCCGGCGCGCCUGGGCGGCGCCGAUCGUAACCGCCGGAUGGAGCAGAUGGGCCGCCGCUAUCGCUUCGGCAUCAUGGCGGGCGGGCGUAACAACGCGCAUCCAUAUGCUAGCACCAGCGACGCCAGGAGCAGACACGGCAGUGCUCUCUUUGUGCAAUGGCAGGUCCUCGAGCCUUCUGGCUCUCCCUCGCCUGCCUCUCCCCUUGACGCUGGGCUUGAGCUUGAACGAGUGCUAGCACAACGACAACCGUUGGGGCUCUGGGGCUGGGAGCGUGCUCUUCUCUCGGCCAAGUCGCGACCACCGCAGCAGCAGACGGAGAAGAAGAAGAACAAAGAGCCGCAGCAGCACCAAGCGAACGCACCGCCGCAGCAGCACCACAGAGAACACGGCCACGGCAGCACCACGGAGAAGAACAAAGAGCCGCAUCAGCACUACGGAGAGCACACCGCCGCAGCAGAAGAAGAAAAAAGAGCCACAUUAGCACCAUGGAGAACACAAAGCCGCAUCAGCACCACGGAGAACGCACCGCCGCAGCAGCACUAUGGAGAACACACCGCAGCAGCACCACGCAGAACAAAGAGCAGCAGCAGCACCACGGAGAACACACGGCUGCAGCAGCACCAGGGAUGCCUAAGUCAAUCCGACGGCGACGAGACUGUCCAGCUAUAUACGCUAGCUCAAGGCAAGGAGGCCCCCGAGUGGCCGAGCAAAGAGAUGAAGCAGCACUACGAGAGCCGAAGAGAGAAGUUCCAGUCAUACCGCAACCCGUCCCCGUGAGAGCCUUUACCCUGUUGGACAAGAACAACACCCUCAAGACCCCAUCAGCCCCAUGUGACGAACCUGGUUCGUGCUGGACAGACCGCAGGAGCGGGGUGCUGCUGAGCGCCCUGAGGGUCCCUGAGGGACGCAGCCAAUAGGAAGCUGCCUGGUGCUAAGCAUGGACUUGGCACCAGGCAAGAAGGUUGUCCGGCGAGCCAGCGGUGCCCGGCACCGGGCAUGGACUUGGCACCUGGCAAGCGCUCUUAUUGGUCUACCUUGGAUAUAUACGAUGACCGUAACCACAGUUCUAGAUAGCUCUUGCUUGAUUCUUCAAGCAAGCAAUACACAUUCACUGCACUCGUA